GUUUUGUGGGUUGCAGGUUGCAGUGAGUGCUGCUCCUCGGGUGUAACUGUAAUGACAACAUUGCUGUGGCAUCUUUGCUUCAGUCAGGUUCAAUGUUUCUUACUCGAGAAAGAUCUUAAAUGCAAUUUUUUAUGUAUAUUUAAUAUGUAAUUGUUAUUCGAUAUAAUUAUGAAUGUAAUUACUUUAAUAGCAGCAUUGUUUCUUGUUGAAUUAUGUUGCGGUACUCUUUUGCCACCAACAGGGAAAAAUAAGAAAGAAAAAGGAAAAGGCAAUAAUAAAUUGUAUAAGGGUCCUGUAGAUCAAGAUGUUUUUCAAAGAAACUUAGUAGUAAAAAAUCCAAAACAACAGGACAUUCUUCAUGAAUCUGGCCGAUAUUUCCAAAAUACUAAGUAUAGAAGAUUUAAGGGAGACGUCUUGGGAUAUUGUACACCUUGGAAUGGAAACGGUUUUGAAAUUUCCAACAUAUUUCAUGGCAAGUUUACAAUGGUAUCUCCAGUAUGGUUAACUUUUCCUUUCGGUAACACAUCAACCUAUCAAUUGUCCACGCAUUCUGUCCAAACUAAGUGGAUAAAGGAAAUGAAAGCUAAUAACAAUGUUAAUCACGUCGUAAAGCUUAUACCUAGAGUAUUAUUUGAGCAUUGGUCAAUUGAUGAUAUUAUUAGGAUACACAGUAGUACACAAAGUCAAACUCAAUUAACAGUAUCUCUUUUGGAUGCUGCUAAGGAAGCAGUCACAGGUCCGGACUCUGACAAAUGGAAAGAGGCAAUCAAAAGCGAAUUAGAGGCGCAUCAAAAGAACAACACCUGGGUGAUAGAGCAGAAACGAAGCACUCAGAAACUUAUCGACUCAAAGUGGGUCUUCAAGGUACUCAGAGACACAAAGGGCGAAGUAUGUCGACACAAGGCUCGACUUUGCGCACGAGGCUUUAAGCAGCAGCCCGGCCUGGAUUACAAUGAAAUCUUCUCGCCCGUCGUGCGCUACGAUUCACUCCGUGUAAUGUUAGCGUUGGUGGCAGCAAGGGACCUCGAACUAGCCCAGUUCGAUGUACAGACGGCCUUUCUGUACGGCGAAUUGGAAGAGGAAAUAUGGAUGGAGAUCCUCGAAGGCCUGGAAGUAAUGGGUAAAAAAGGAGAUCUAGCCUGUAAACUCGUGAAGUUUUUGUACGGUCUGCGACAGUCUCCCCGUUGCUGGAACCUAAAGUUUUGUAAAAUUUUGGAAAAAUUUAACUUUAAAGCUAGCGACGCAGACCACUGCAUUUUUCGAGGAACUAUAGAUAACGUAGAAGUUUUUCUAGCACUUUUUGUAGACGAUGGCCUUUUAGCUUCACAGUCAAAGCGCGUGUUGGACGAUGUACUCAACGAUCUGAACUCAUGUUUUACUAUUACUAUCGGUAACGCGAAGAUAUUCGCCGGUCUGCAAAUCGAGCGCGAUCGCAAUAAUGGAAUCGUAUUCCUGCACCAGCCUACACUCAACGAAUAAUAAAGAAGUUCGGAAUGCAAGACGCGAAAACCGUAAGCGUACCUUUCGAUCCUCACGUAGAGUUACUCGAUGCCGCAGAGGGAGAGUCAAAUUCCGAAAAAGUGCCAUUUAGAGAAGCGAUAGGCUCACUUUCUGACUAUAGUCUCGCGACCAGACCUGGCGUACGCAGUCAACACCGUCAGUCGUCAUUUAAACAAACACAACAAUAGCCAUUGGCAGGCUGUAAAACGCAUUUUUAGAUAUUUGGUCGGUACAAGCGAUUUAGGUAUUAUGUAUAAAAGCGGCGGGAACGACACAGAGUUAUCCGGUUACUCCAAUGCUAACUACGCUAAAGACAGCAACACCCGUCGCUCAACCACCGGCUACGCGUUCUUUUUAGCAAACGGAGUUGUGACAUGGUCAUCACAACUGCAAAAACACGUCACAUUGAGCACUACGGAAUCCGAGUACGUAGCGGCUGCAGCGGCAGCAAAGGAAGCCAUGUGGCUCCGAAAAUUGCUCAGUAACAUUAAAGGUACAAGCCUUAGCACUACGACAUUGUAUGUUGAUAACCAAAGUGCAAUCAAGCUUGCGAAAAAUCCCGAAUUUCACAAGCGCAGUAAACACAUCGACAUACGCCAUCACUACUUAAGAGAAAGAAUAUCCGAAGGUGAUAUACGCGUUAUAUACGUACCUACAGAGGCACAGCGUGCCGAUGUGUUUACCAAGCCCCUGCCCAAAGACCGGUUAAAUUUAUUAUGUUCCAUGUUAGGCUUAAAGAGCUUCGAAGCACUCAAACGGCGGGAGUGUUGAAAGAAAAUUGUUUUUCGCGCUUCAUAAGAAAGAGUAAGCCGACGAGCGUAUGCAUGCAGCCCCGCGCGAUAGGUAUGAGAUGGCGCUCUCCGCCAUGAGUCCGUCUGUCCGUAUGUGUGUGCGCAUCCUCGCCCCUCUUUCCCCCCGUCGCAUUCGUCGCGUGCGAUGUACGCUCGCUCGCUCUCUUCCGUCUCUGCGUUUGCACGAGUUAGUAUCCGCGUUGUGCUUUAUCUUUUGUAUUAAGACAAAAAUAUAGUUAUUGUGUCCCUCA